AUGUCACAGGCACGUCUUUUAGAAAUGCGUGCUGAAAGUUAUCAAAACCGGGUCCGAAUAGCACCUCAUGAGCAAUUGAUGCUGAGCGAUGAAGAAGCGAUAGAAUACAGAGCUUCAGUUCCAUGGAAGUAUACAAUCUUGAAGUUUCUUAAAUGGUUGCGCAUUCGGGAAAAGUCGGAUUUGGUCAUUGCAAGGAUAUCCGUGGCUUUGUUUGCCUAUAUGAGCAUACACUUUUACGUUCCCUCUUCUCUAUAUAUAUAUGUUGUAUGCAUUUGCUUUACUGCACCCGCGAUUUUCACAACGGCUAUUUUACGCUUACGGCAUGGUCGCACUGAUCAAAAAAAAAGGUUACUUAUAACUGGCGGCAUAUGUACUUAUGUCAUUGCUUGUUUGCUAGCAGACUGCUUUUCGACACGCCCUUCAUAUCCGCAUCAACCUAACACCCAUUCCAAAUAUUACAUUGCUUCUCUGUUGCAUAAUUCUGAAGCUAUUUUGCCUCAUUAUUCGCAUUCUCUCGUCCAGCUCACCAAAGAACUCGGGCCGUCUAAUGUAUAUGUGUCCAUAUAUGAAAACGACUCAAAAGAUCUUACACCUACACUGCUUCAUAAACUAGAUGGAAACCUUCGAAAAUUAGGCGUUCGUACGAAGAUUGUCACAGCUAAACGAUCUGAGCAAGAAUCACGAAAAAAUCGCAUUGAGCGUUUAUCCGCUUACCGGAAUUUGGCUAUGGCACCAUUAAAUGAUGAACUUCAUGGAAAGCUUGAUGGGAUUCCAUUUGAAAAGGUAAUUUGGAUCAAUGACAUCUUAUUUGAGUCUAGUACUGUCCAUCAGCUUCUUAACACAGAAGGUGGUCAAUUCGAUCAGGCAUGUGCAAUGGACUACUGCUGGCUUGGCUUUUACGAUACUUGGGUCAUGCGAGAUGCGGAUGGAAAAACGACUCGUCCCUUUUGGCCGUAUUUUAAAGCAGAACAAGAUCAGAAAGCUGUUCAAGCUGGCCUUCCGGUUCCUGUAAAUGCAUGUUGGAAUGGUUUGACUGCUUUCGACGCACGCUGGUUUUCAAAUACAACGAUAUCACCCAAUGAAACUAUGCCGUUUCUUACAUCCGCCCUAACACUGAAUCCCCCUCCAAUAUUCCGAGCAGAUUCAUUGGAUGUACCUGCGACCGUGCCACUGACUUUUCGGAACAGCGAUCUGUGUUUCUCGUCAGAGUCGCUGUUGAGUAGUCUAGAUAUGCACCGCAUCGCAAGACCAUACCGACCCCGCAUUUACGUGAAUCCUAAUCUCGUUGUGGCGUAUGACAAGCCUAACUAUUUUUUGUACAGAUCCAUGAUGCGGUGGAGCGUGGUGGGUCCUUGGCGACACUUUUGGCAGUACUGGAUCGAGCACCGCUUGUUUGGAUUUGCUUUGCAUGUCCUUGGUCGCGUUGAUCCAUGCACGGAUGUAUUUAUGCCUAAUUGGGUACCGAGAUCGCCCUCGAAGGGUCCCAACAUCGAUAGCUCAUAG